UUGUUUAUUAAAGGCCUCUUAAAUUUAUCACAAUUCCACCACAAUAUUGAUAAAAAUCAUAUAGUACUACUAAUUCUCCAUAUGGUUAAAAACAGCAGCGGAGAUGCAGAAGCAAAAAUGGCUGCGGCUUUUGCUUCCAAGCAACGAGGAAUAGGUAACUGGACAACUUGUUCCAAGAGAUCAUCAGGGCAGAGAAGAAGUGGGAAGAAAUGGAGCAGUAAUCAAAAGCCUGAUCCAAAGGUCACAAGCUUCACCCCUCAGGAAGAGGAUCUGAUCAUCCAGCUGCAUUCCGUGGUCGGAAGCAGGUGGACUAUCAUAGCCCAACAGCUGGGAGAAAAGACGGAGAGCGACGUGAAAAAUGUAUGGAACAGCAAACUGAAGAAGAAGCUGUCGGCGAUGGGGAUCGAUCCGGUGACUCACAAGCCCUUCUCCCAGAUCUUGGCCGAUUACGGCAGCAUGGGCGCGUUUCCGGCCACGCGCCACCACGAUCUCUCGAGGGGCUUCAAAGGGACGGCGCCAUCUGUGAAUGCGGAGGUCUCCGUUGGGAAUCAAGAGGCGUCGAGCUUCAGCUGGAGUGAUUUCUUUCUGGAGGAGGCUUUUGCGGCGCAAGAACACGGAGGUGGUGAUGAUGAGGUUUUGGGAGAGGGGAAGAUUGAUGGCGGUGGUGGAGGAGGCUUUGAUGCGGCGGCGACGACGUCGUCUGCGUUUGUGGAAGCGAUGAUUGGGAAGCAAGAUGAGAUGUGCUCGCAGCUGCCUUGCUUCUAUGAGGAGCCAUUUUACUAUUGAUGAAAACAGUUGUGUUUGCUUUUGUACACAUGGUGUCCAUGUCUUGCUCUAUUGAUUGAAAUUGAAUAUUCCAUUUGUCUAGAGGUGACCAA